GUGCCAUUAGGAAGAAGGGCUGCUCUGGUGGAAGCGCGAGCCCUCAGCCUGUUGCACUCGGACUGUGGGACCAGGGUGGUAAGGAAAAUGCUGCUUGGCCCAUCAGGGCUUUCUGUCUGCCUCUGGUUUAGUGAGUGGUUGGGACUGGACAUGUGUCAGUGCCAGGGUGUUGGAUUGGGGUUUUUCCUGCAUUUAGAGUGGCUUUAAGAGCUGUAUGAGAAGGAAGCAAAAACUUCUAAGCUGGAACUAUGAGUUGUUAUGAAUACCUACCAGAAUUUGCAUGGCAACUGGCAUAGCAAAUAUCAAAACUGUGAAAACCAAAAUGCUGAUGUUUUAGACAGAAGAUAGAAAAUGAAAUCAGAUUUCACAGACGUUCUUUUACCUUUAAUGAAGUGCAAGAUAGCCAUUUACAGCUGUUGUGUGCUUUGUUUUCAGUGGGAUUGUCUCUGCCAUCUUCUUUCUGUGUUGACUGAUAGUGUGUUUGGCUCUUAUUUGAGAGAUUGACACCAAAAUGGAGCUUUAAAAGCGAGCUACAGCUUUAGGCAGAGAAUUUGGGGCUUACAGCUUGAAGGUGGUUAAGAAUAAGAAAGAUACAUAUAUGCAAGCGUUAUUAAUACAAAUGAAUGUAUGUAACUCCAGCACACUGACUGCUUGGUAACGUGUUAAGAGAAUGAAAUUUGGUAUUAUUCUGUUCACCUUCUCACUAAGUAGCCUGUAAAAUGCUUAAAGGUUCUAUGACAUAGGGCAUGUGAUGUUAACCUGUUCACCUUUAUAUAUUUAUUUGUUCAUUUAUUGCUUUAUUGAAGUCAGUGCUGAUAGCAAUAGCAGAGUUUGAACUUAAAACCUGGAAAAAAAUCAGUUGACUCUAAAAUCUUUUAAAAUAAUUUAAAAGCAAAAUACAUAUAAGAUUCACCUGUGCUCCAGCUUAACCUAAUGUUCAAAUUGCUCCUUGCCACAAGCAGACACAGCAGCUGUGUAUCACAGCAUCCUGUCCUGAGCUGGGUGGCUCUGGAGCCAUGUGUAAAGCUCUCCAUGAGCUUCACACACCUGAGCUUGCCACGGAUGGCAUCCAGUGCUCAGAGUGCAUGAGGAGUGAUGCAGGAGAGCUUCACUUGUGUCAGUUCCCAUUGUGACCUGGUGGCCCAUGCUGGUGCCAGCUGCGGUGCUGAUCCUAAGGCCUUGCUGAGUGUCUGAAAGAGCUGAGAGAGCUUUUAAUUAAAUGGAGGGAACACAGUUAACCUAACAGCCUGCAGAACACACCUUUUUGGUUCAUCUAGACAGGGCUGCAGGACCAUCUACCAAAAAUUUGUUGUAUUGUUGUUGGUUUGAUUAUUUUUCCAUGGGUUUCUCAUUUAGCUUUGCACUGUAUAACUGAGAUUAGUUCAUGUGAUGGAUAAAAACAAAUAGUUAACCAAGCAGGAGGCUUUUUGCUAGUCUUUUUAAUAAUUUCCAUUUUGGUUCCAUUCUCUGUUGAAGAAAUUGCAUGAAAACAAAUGUUGCUUGUCUUCUUUCUUCAGUCUUCAAUCUGAAAAAAAAAAUAAUCCCAGUUAAGGUCAGCAAAAAGUGAAUCUCAGAUGACACCUGUCUCAAAUACCAUUUCUUUCCUGAAAUGCGCAAAACUAUCAUUUCCAAAUGAUGGGUAUUUCCAACUGGGCUGUAAUCUCAAUCGACUCAAGUUGUCUUGAAUUAACUCAGCACAGGAGCAGUGCCUCCUGAGAGAGUCCCUGCCUUGGUUAAAUAUUUUUUUUUUAAUUUAUAAUAUUAACCCUGAGCACGGGUAACGAGUACUGGAAAUCUCUUCCUUGUACUUGUAAACCUUGUUUCUCAAUUUCAACCCAAGGUUCAAAGGUUUGAACAGACCUCUUAGAUCAGAGGUCAGGUACAAAUUGCUGCACUUUGCAGCUCCGUUCUGCCGAUAUGACAGAAUUUCACAGCAGAGACGAUUACCUUCCAUCCCCCUCUCCUCCGUACACGGGCAACGCCAGGCAGUUAAAAGGGUGAUAUGUACAAGCCAGCCAUUGGUACCUGAGUUUAAUAAAUAACUAACUGAGUUUCAGUUGUGCAAGGUGCACGUUAUAAAAAGGGGUCAAAUGUCAGUGCACAAAGGGAAAAAACCAUGCAGUCACUGACUAAGCCAAAUGCUUCAAGUUUAAUGUGCUUUCAGCCGCAAACGUUCACAUCCCACUCUGUGGCUCUCUCCAUGCUGAUUUUCAUUCCUGUGACCUGGGGGAGAGGGAACACAAGUUGGGCCACUUUUGGCUUUCUCUUAAAUCGCUGCCGAAAUCGGAGCAGCACCGAUUUAGCAGCACUGCUGGGCACCCAGCAGUGAACGUGUUGUCGUUGCAUUCAAGUGGUAAACACAAAACUGUGAGAAGGUGAAAAUAACAGCAGCAUGAAAUAUUAGUUAAAACUGAAAUUUCUUACACUAUUGAAUUGUUAUAACAUCGACAUAGUAAAUAGUUUUUGUGUUAACAAGCCACAUGCCAUAUUCAGGCACAGUGUUCUACAUUCUAGUAACCAGCCUAUCUCUACAUCCAGAGUUCAGCAAAGCAUUUCACAGGCAUUAAACUAGAUAGCCCUCUUAUAUGUAUGUAUAAAUAGGAAUUGGGCCCGAUGAUCCCUAUGUGUCUCUUACGACUCAGGAUAUUCUAUGAUUCUAUAUAGUUUUUUUUUCUUUUUUUCUUAGAAAUAAGAAGUGGAAUAGAUUAAUGUCUUAUCUUUCCUGUAUAACAAUUAAUAGAUGUUUCUACUUUUGUUUUUGCUUUUCAACUGUCCAAGAUCCCUUUUACAGUCUUUCUUAUGGCAAAAGUGUGCAAGCUCAUAGUCACACUAACCGUGACACUUCUUCCUUUCCUGGAAAGUAUGCACUCUAAAGCAGACUGUUGGUGACACACUUUUCUGUACCAGAAUCUUGAUAGAGAACACUGCUUAACUGCAUUUGUGAUAAACUGACUCUGGAAGAAGUUCUCCAUUCAUUCCAGCUCACCUACAAUAGGAAAUACUUGUUACAUACCAAGUGGUUACACUGCACUUUAUUUAUAUGCUAUACACUUUCCUGUCUGACAGUGGUAAUAAUAGACUUCGUGGAUUGAAAUAUGGGAAUCUGUGGAGAAGGGAAGGGUUGUGUUUCCUGAUUUGGAAAGCUGAUAAGAGUGAUUACAUGACCCAUCUCUCAUCUUCUCAGCCUUCCUCAACACGUGGCUUCAAUAUCGUGCAGGAUAGUAACUGCAGGCUCAGUCAGUAAUGGCCCUAUUGGAAUAGCUAAGAGUUGUAUAAUUAUUUUGAGUUGGACUGGGUAAAAGACAGGGCUGGGACAAUCUGUACAACACACAGAUUACACAACUUGUUGGGACAAAGUUCUGAGUGACUUGCAGCAAAGUGCAUUAUACGAGAGAAGAGACUGGGUUUCACUUAGUCCAACUUUAUUCAGAAGUGGUUUAAGUUGAGAUGGCUGGUGAUGCACUGGGGUAGGUUAAAACACUGAAGAAACACACUUUCCAUUAACAGAAUGUACAUUGCAGAAACAGAGAAAUAAAAGCUGUGUGGGUGAGGUGCUGUAGGUAUUGGUAGUGCUUUGGCAGAUACUAGUAACUUUUUCAUUGGUAUGGCUGACUGAGCUCCAGGCUCAGGAAAGUUUGCUGGCUUUAUUACUUGGAUUAUCAUUUUCAAAAUUUAGAUUUGCUUUAAUGGUCUUUCUGCAGCUUCUAGACCAGGAGGUCAGAUGGUUGAGGAGCCUCCAUCAUGUGAAUGAUCACUCUUGUGCGUUGAUAGUGCUGAUGGAUAAUACAAGUGGAACUUCUGACAGGCUUUGUAGGAUCACACUCCAAAUUAAAUAUGUCUUAAAAGGAUGUAGAAAGGGUUGGUAACUGGAUAAACAAGAAUUUGGCACAGUACAAACUUAUUAUGUAGGGAAAUCAUAAUUUCAGUUGCAUUUGUUUUUUCUGCAUAAAAUUUCUGUGACACAAGAUUAAUAUGACUACAAGUAAUGAUAUAAUGUGGCUAAGAGAGUAAGGUCUGUCAGAACUAUUAUUCUUAAAGAUAGUGACGAAAACAAGAAGCUUAACCUUGGAAUCCCAGUCUGAAGUUGCAGCCAGUGGUUGACUCUGUAAGUUGAGGCAAAUUCAAACUCCCUGACCAGCACUGAAGUUCUAACCUGGGAAAUUCCAGCUUGUUAUCUUUCAGAAUAAUUUCAGAUGUUUUCCUCGUAAGUAGGUGCAAGUAAUUAAAGAAUAGAUUUAGAGGAACUUUACUAUCUUUUUUUUUUUUAACUAAAUGCAUUGAUUUCCUUGGUGCCUGGGGAACAUAACGAGUCCCUACAAGACUUUACAGGCAGGGAUUAUGGUAGUACUCAUCAGUGUCUUACUGUUGUAUUCAUAGAAGCCAUUAGUUCUACAGCUGAUAUCGGGGGAGUAGUUCUAGAUGCUGACUGUGCUCCUUUUUGGAAGACUCAAUUAAGAAACUGGAACUGUCAAUCAAAAAAUUCAGCUAACAGUUUUUAGCAUGUUUGAAAUUAAACUAACCACUGUUAACAUUCUUGGGCCACUUAGGACAAAUUUAAGCAACUGAGAAUUGUGUAUAGAUCCUUGCUCUGCAGGAGGUCCAUGCUGAAAAUGGCUUCUCAAGCCCUGAUCAUUGACCUAGUCCAUAGCAGGAAAAGACAGACUGGUUGGAAUAAAUUCACAGUUUAAGCCUGAAAUGUGUGGCAGGGCCCCUGCUGUUCAAGAUCCCUGAUGUCAUCAUUAGCAGAAGUGGGAAUUUCAGCAGCUAGUUUCGGGAUUUAGUAGGUCAGAAAAUCCGUCUGUUCUGGAAAACUUUAUUCAAGUGAAUCAUAGAAUCACAGAAUCAUUAAAGCUGGAAAAGACCACUAAAAUCAUCUAGUCCAACCAUCAGCCCAUCCCACCCAUACCCACUAACCAUGUCCAUCAGUGCCACAUCUACACGUUUCUUGAACACCUCCACGGACGGUGACUCCACCACCUCCCUGGGCAGCCUGUUCCAGUGCCUUACCACUCUUUCUGGGAAUAAAUGUUUCCUAACAUGCAACCUGAUCCUUCUUAGUGCAAUUUAAGGUCAUUACCUCUUUUCCAGGGAAGAGAAGUCCUCAAAACGUACUAAGCAGCUCCUCUCUUCCAGUUGACUCUUCCUAAUACAAUCGCCAAGUCUCUAGUAUUUGACUUAGUGACUGUACUCUAAUCCUCCCUGGCAUUACUUCUCUACAUGCCAAUCUGGCUAAAAGAGAGAUGAGUGAAAAGAUCUGACUUGGCUAAGAGGUAUCAGCCACUUCUGUUACCCUCCUGGCUCUUCUGUCUCUGGAGGGACCUCCAAAGCUCUGCUGUAGUCCUGACAGCAGGAUUGCUCACACAGCCAACAUGUCCUUGUUGAUAACUACACGGGUCUGAUCUACAAGUUUACUCUCGCAAGCUGCUCACCACAAGCUGCUCACUGAGUUAGCUACUUUCUUCUCAGACAUCUGCCUGAAUGACCCAGAGUGGGAAAAGUCACCUCUUCAAAAAUUGUGUUGGGCAUUUAAGCCUGGGGCAACUUUCUUACCCUGCUCAGCUGCAGGUAAAGCAGCGUGUCUGACACACUGCAGGUAGCCAUCAUGGUCUGUUGGCCUCAAGUGUUUCUUUUUUGUUAAAUGUCCAAAGACAUUAUCCAUCCCUCUGCUGAACAAAGACAUUUUCCCUAGAGACCUUCCCCUUUCUGUAGGAACUCAGAAAAGGUCUCUGACCAAAAAGCCAGAUCUAAAUGACCCACGCCUUCUUGCACCAAUGCAACAUGGGUCUCAACUUCAGACUUUUGCAUUUUGUGAGUGAUAGCAGGUGGGGAGCCCAGCUCUUGUCCACCAUGGAAAACCAUGGUGGGGAUUAGCACCUGACUGCAGCAAGCAGCAGGAAAAGCAGAGUCAGAGGCUAUGGUGAGGCGGGUUCCUGCAAGAGGUAGGACUUCAUUUCACCACCAGCAUGGGAAGGAGCUCUGUGAUGUUGCAUACACGAAAUGUAUGUAACAAACCCUGGAGGCUUCAAGGCCAGGUUGGAUGGGGCCCUGGGCAGUCUGGUCAGAUCUAGUGGGCAGCAGCCCUGCCCACGGCAGGGAGCUGGAACUGGGUGGGCUUAAAGGUUCCUUCAAACCCAAACAUUCUAUGAUUCUGCAAUUGUAUGUGAACUUGCCAUUAGAAGAGUCAACUUUAAAAAAUAAAGAGUUUCAACUGCUGCAGAGCAUCCAGAGCUGCUACCGCAGGCCAGCAGCAGGAUUGCUAUUUGCCCUUAUUAUUGCAACGAGAAAAGUAGGAAGGUCACAUUUGAAACCGUAGCUGAUAUUUCACUCUGUCAACACGGUGUACUUAGCUAAAAUGUUGAUGGCUGACCUUCCCUCCACAGCAGCAGGGGCUGCAGUUCACAAUGCGAAGCUGCGGCAGUUCCUGAAGCGAGCAGGCUGACAUGUGUCCAUGAGGACACACACUGUAGUUUCAUCAGGAGUUUGUGUGGUCCAAAGCACCCAAAAGGGCCAGCACAAAGACAGCUGGAAUAGAAGUCAGGGCUUUCCCUGAAGAGGGGUCUGGUGCAGUGCCUGCAGGUGGGGCGCAGGUGUCCCUUAUUUUUGAGGAAGGCUCUGGGUGGGGUGCUUCAUGCAUUGCCUAAGCUCAUCAUGAAACAAAUGCCAAAGAUGCUUGGAUUCCACAGGUGUCCUUGGGUGCUCCCACUUGCUGUGGUGCCAGCACCUGUUCCCAUGCCCUGUGACUGCGGCCACUGGAAGGCAAAAAGCAAAACUGUACGGGUUUUAUCAGGCUUUGAAUGAGUUUGACAUCAUGACCGCUGAGGACUCCGCUGCAAGGAUGAGCAACGAUUCCACCAACGUGAGCACCACGAAGGUCCCUGAAGGAGUGGCCGGUGCGCCCAACGAGGCGGCCCUGCUGGCACUGAUGGAGCGCACCGGCUACAGCAUGAUCCAGGAGAACGGGCAACGCAAGUACGGCGGCCCACCGCCUGGCUGGGACGGCCUGCACCCUCCUCGUGGCUGCGAAGUCUUUGUGGGCAAGAUACCCCGCGACGUCUACGAAGAUGAGCUUGUCCCUGUGUUCGAGUCUGUUGGCCGCAUCUACGAGAUGCGCCUGAUGAUGGACUUCGAUGGGAAGAACCGUGGUUAUGCCUUUGUGAUGUACACACAGAAGCAUGAGGCAAAGAGGGCUGUCAGGGAGCUGAACAACUACGAAAUCCGCCCAGGCAGGCUGCUGGGUGUGUGCUGCAGCGUAGACAACUGCCGGCUCUUCAUCGGAGGCAUUCCCAAAAUGAAGAAGAGAGAGGAGAUCCUGGAGGAGAUCGCUAAAGUGACGGAAGGUGUACUGGAUGUCAUUGUGUAUGCAAGUGCUGCAGACAAGAUGAAGAACAGGGGUUUCGCCUUUGUGGAGUACGAGAGCCAUCGAGCAGCAGCAAUGGCCAGGAGGAAGCUCAUGCCAGGAAGGAUCCAGCUGUGGGGACACCAGAUUGCUGUCGACUGGGCAGAACCAGAGAUAGACGUGGACGAAGACGUCAUGGAGACUGUUAAAAUCCUCUAUGUGAGGAACUUAAUGAUUGAGACCACAGAGGACACCAUUAAAAAGGUCUUUGGGCAGUUUAACCCUGGCUGUGUAGAGCGGGUGAAAAAAAUACGUGAUUACGCCUUUGUGCACUUUACAACCAGGGAAGAUGCCAUCCACGCCAUGAAUAACCUUAAUGGUGUCGAACUGGAAGGCUCGUGCCUGGAGGUUACCCUGGCCAAGCCAGUGGACAAGGAGCAGUACACUCGCUACCAGAAAGCAGCAAAAGGAGGGGCUGCAGCAACACCCGAAGUAACUCAGCAACCUAACUAUGUUUACUCUUGCGAUCCAUACACACUAGCAUAUUAUGGAUAUCCAUACAAUGCCCUGAUAGGGCCCAACAGAGAUUACUUUGUGAAAGCAGGCAGCAUACGAGGUAGAGGGCGAGGCGCAGCCGGCAACAGAGCCCCAGGCCCCCGUGGCUCCUACCUGGGGGGAUACUCUGCUGGCCGCGGCAUAUACAGCAGGUACCACGAAGGCAAAGGAAAACAGCAAGAAAAAGGAUACGAGCUGGUACCCAACCUGGAAUUACCUGCUGUCAACCCAGUGGCCAUUAAGCCUGGUGCAGUGGCCAUCCCUGCAAUCGGUGCCCAGUACUCCAUGUUUCCGGCUGCACCGCCAGCCAAGAUGAUGGAAGAUGGCAAAAUCCAUGCAGUGGAGCACAUCAUCAACCCUAUUGCCGUCCAGCAGGACCCAGCCAGUGCAGCAGCUGCUGCAGCAGCCGCAGCCGCAGCAGUAAUACCAGCUGUGUCAACGCCUCCCCCCUUCCAGGGUCGCCCCAUAACCCCAGUGUACACCAUGGCCCCCAACGUGCAGAGGAUCCCCGCCGCCGGCAUUUAUGGGACAAGUUACGUGCCAUUCGCAGCACCCGCUGCAGCAACGGCAACGAUAGCCACGCUACAGAAGAACGCCGCCGCCGCUGCUGCCGCCGCUGCCGCCUACGGGGGCUACGCCGGCUACAUACCUCCGGCCUUCCCAGCUGCCACCAUCCAGGUGCCCAUCCACGACGUCUACCAGACGUACUGAGACUGUCGGCGGAGCAACAAACACUGAAGGAACACUUUACUAUUUAUGAAGAACGCGCCUGCUGCAGGAGAGUAACGUCAGGACUCAGUAAACUGAUGCAGAACCUGAAAGUGAAGAAUGUCACAGAAAAACAUGUUCAAAAUGUUUUCUACGCUUGAAGUUUUCACUAACUUUUUUUUUUUAGGCUAUUUUUAAAAUUUAACAUGCCUGUAUUCAUACAUUUCUAAACGACCUCGAUGCAGCCGCCCAUCGCUUACGUGCCUUUACACGCAUCGCACUGGGGUUGCACGGGGUCUUUUUUUUUUUUUUUUAGCAGUUAUAUUUUCAAUAUAUUUGUGGUAUGAAGGUUAUUUUUAGUAACUUCUGCACUCCAGAGAUGUCUAUUUUGUAGUGCCUUUAAUAAUAUAUCAGCUAUAUAUUAAGAAGCACACCCGAGCAGCUAGGGAAAGUUUAAAACGAUAUAUUUUGAAGAAUAUAUUCAAUAUUUAAAGAAUACAUACCUUAGAUUUUUUUUUUUUUUAAGAAAAGAAAAAACCACCAAGUAUCUUAUUUAAGAAAUGUUAUACUGGAACGUGCAAUCUGAAAAACGUGCAAGACCUCUGCGUUUUUGUGCUGGCAUUAAUACAGUCUGUUUGUUACUGCUUGAAAUCAAAAGUAAUUCAUAUUGCCUUUGUAGGAGGAACAGAAAGAAGAAAGCCUCCGCACGCGAAGCCCUUCGCAGUGUGAUUAGCAGGCUUACGAUGCUCAAAGGAAAGGCUCUGAGUGUUCCCCAACAACUGGAAUUCCUAUUUAUUGAAGCUACCUGUAGUUCAGCCCUGGAGCACGCGCAGAAACGCGCACCGGAUCCUUCGCGUAAGGCGCCUCGACUUCGAUCUUCAUCCAGUAUAAAACCUAGGCUCUUUCUAAACGCCCUUUAUUUUAUCCUUUGAAGUAUAUGCUGUAGUGACUGAGAAUGUAUGCUGUUGUAGGCAAGAGCACGGCCGCUCCUGGCAGCAGGAUGCGCGGUGCUGCUUACCCAUAGCUUCAUCGCGUCCCGUGAGAAGGUCCCGAGGUACUGGGGGUGGUGGUGAUACUGGAAUUGACACAGCGGGGCUGGCGUCCCUCCCGGCCUCCCUUCAGCACCAACUGCAGCUCCCGCACCUGGAGCUCCGCGUGCACAUCAGGGAUGGGAGGGAUCGGGCCCAGCCGUUUCAAUAAGAUGUAGAGCUUGUAAAUACCUUUUAAUAUACUUUUUAAAAGUCAUUUUAUGUUGCAAAUUUACGCGGUAUGUGGUUUGCCACAAAACAAACGCAGUUUAUUUCGAUGUUAUUAAAAAAAAGAAAAAAGAAAAAAAGGUUUGUUAUAUUAAGGAGUAAAUAUAUUAUUGCAGUGUUUUGUGGCCUGUUUAAAGGCUUUUAUUUAGCAGUGCAGUGAAUGUAAUAUAUGGUAAAACGUUAAAGAAAUAUCUCGCCCAUUUUAUGAAGUGUCUCAGCUCUGCAAUCACAGCUCCGGUGAAGGGAGGUGUGGAGCAGGGAGCGAGUAAACAAUUUCGCUUUGCUUUUAGUGGUAUAAAUACCAGCAGAAGGGGUUUCAUAUAAAGUAUAUUUUGACAACAGAACCACUUUUGGAUCAUCUCCAGCUUAGUAAAGUGACCUUUUAAUGCGUAUUUUUCUUGCCUCAAAAUGGAGCGGUUGUUUUUUAGGUGCUCUUACUCAGCAAAGCUGAGCUCUAUUUAAACCUGUCCAACUGCUAUCAAAAGCACUGUGAGGAAGUUAACCAUUAAGUCGGACUCUGACCCUCCCUGCCCCUUCCUUGGACGCUUUAGCCGUCUGUCCCACCACUUCUGAAAACACAAUCCUUAGCCCCCAAACCCUCAUCCCAAACACCCUGCCUGUUUUUAGGGUGAGGGGAGGUGAAGCAGACAAAGCCUUGCGGGCAGACCCUAGCGGGAGUACCCAAAAAGUGCUGGGGGCUCCAACUAAGGCUUUGUACAGCCCAGUGCUAACUGCCACCACGGGUCACAGCUGACCUCAAUGUCGUCCAGGCACUGCAGGCUCUGCUAUCCCCUUUCCAGCCCUUCCAUCACAACCAUGGCCCACCCAGAAGAGGGUCAAAGGGCAGUGGUUGCUCUCCCAUCCAUCCUCUCCCCACUGGCCCAUUGCUUGCAUCAGGGACAGAAGGGAGCCCAAAGAGGUGAGCCCCAGGCUACCAUGCCAGGGUAGGAGCAGGAGCAGGCAGGACAUGGGGAUGCAGCCUCCCACCUCCAUCUUUUCCACUUUCUUCUAAACCAUUUCAUGUACACUACUACUGAGGUAAGUCUGAUAACUUGAAAUGUGAACAUCUUUAGGUUAAGAACAAACUAUACAAAGAAAUAUAUAUAUAUAUAU